ACCUGCGCCGCCAUGGAGGCCGCGGUGCGCGCCGGUGGCGCCUGUCUCGUCUACUGCAAGAACGGCCGCAGCCGCUCGACCACCAUCUGCACCGCCUACCUUAUGCGUCACCGCGGCCUCAGCCUGGCGCGGGCCUUCCAGACCGUGAAGAGCGCCCGCCCAGUGGCCGAGCCCAACCCGGGUUUCUGGUCGCAGCUCCAGAAGUACGAGGAGGCCCUGCAGUCCCGGUCCUGCCAGCUCGGGGAGCUCUCGGGCCCGAGUGAGUCCUAGUCGGUCCGCCCAGCCCCAAGAAGGGCGCUUGGAGUUUCCUGCCGCCUCGGGGUGGAAAGAGGUACACAGACGAGAGGGUGGUCUUUCCUCUCCUGCCGCACGCCCCACACACGGAGUUUUCAUUUUGUGCAACUUCCCGAAGGCCUCUGUCCCCUCUUGACGUUUGUCAAGUGCAAGGGUGUGUCCACCGAGAACUGGGAACCGUUCCUCCCCUGGUCAGCAAAUUUAUUAGAAAGGACUUGGUCGAGAAGGUGAAAACCACUUGGGGAAUUGUAGCCAGAAAGACACUUACUACAGAGAGAUGGAGGCCGGGGAGCCAACGUCAGCAGGAGGGGAAGUACAGCAAUCACGGAGACCCGCCGCCCUGAGCCCGGCUGCCUUCAGCUCUGAUGCGGGCGGCUCUGGGAGGACACCUACGGCUGCUGGCAGAACGUCGCGCCUGCUACCUGCUCGAACCAUAGUGGCUUUCCCAAAGCUCACACGGGCCCCCUUACAGAAACCAGCACGGGCUCCAGCCAGCGAGGGCCCAGUUUCUAGACUUAAACCUGCUGCAGACACGCAGGUGAGGUCGCGAGGCUGUGACAGAUCACCCAGCAUGGACACCCUUGGGGCUGUCAGAGUCUGUACCCACCUUACUGACCUCCCAGUCUCAACCACAGCACUGAGCCCCGGCCUAACAGCCUGCAGCCAUGGGCAUGCCAGCGAUGCACUAACCACGGUGUGUCUGAGUAUGCUGACCCCUCUUGUGGUUCAGAGGCAGCUCAUCUGGACAUCCUACAGCCUAAAGACUAUCCUAGAAAAUUAAUCACAGUAAACACUCCUUAAAUAAGAUGUGGAGAAAUUAGGUAAUACGUGAGUUACAGAUAAUACAGUCCCUGGUUAAUAUAUACAAAUACACAUGUAACAAGAUAAUGAGUAAAACACUGUAGCUGGUGUUUAUCGUCUGCCUUUACCCGCA